AUGAAACUCAUUCACGUAUAUGCACCAACAUCAAGCAGACAAGAUGAAGAAGUAGAACAACUGUAUGAAGAAGUACAGCGUCAGUUGACAACAGACUGCCACUACCACAUAGUCAUGGGUGAUUUCAACGCCAAGAUCGGGAUAAAGUCAGACGAGCAAGAGCGUGCCACAGGGAAAUUUGGCAGCGGAGAGAGGAAUGAAAGAGGAGACUUACUGAUUGAAUGGGCGACAGCAAAUAACUUGAAGAUCAUGAAUACCGUCUACAAGAAGAAGAUAUCAAGAAGAUGGACAUGGCAAAGCCCAGAUGGAUGUACAAGAAACGAAAUUGAUUACAUCAUGACAAACAGACCGAACAUCUUCACGGAUGUGAAAGUGCUAAACAGACCGGAUGCGGGCAGUGACCACAGAGCAGUUAUGGGAGUGAUAAGGAUCAAUGUCAGGAAGGACAGACAGAAAUGCCUGUCAAAUCCAUCAAAGAGACCUAGUAUCGAGCAACUGGUCAUAAAGAAAGACGAGUUCCAAAUCCUCCUAACGAACAGAUUCAGUACACUAGAGCUAGAAGGUGAAGAUGGAGUAGAUGAAAUGAACGAUAGAAUAACGACCACCAUCCUAGAAUGUGCAUCAGAAGUCGCACCGGCCAGUAAAAUGAAGGACUCAAAGCUCUCAACAGAAACGAGGAUUCUCAUGAAGAAAAGACGGAUGAUGAAGAAAAGGGAGGUAAACAACAACAGGGACAUCAGAAAAAACUUCGAAUAUGCAGAACUGGAUAAGACCAUCAAGAAGAAGCCAAGGGAAGACAUCAGGAAGAAGAACAUGAAGAAGAUAGCAGAGACCAUCGAAAAUGGAAAGAGCAUGAAAAGAGCAAAGAGAUCCUUUCAACUAGGGCAGGAUAGAAUGCUGACUCUUCUAGACAAAGAUGAAAAUGAGCUCACCACACAAAACCAAAUAUUAGAACGAGUAGAAGAAUUCUAUGGAGAGUUGUAUGACAGCAACAACGGAAUAGAAAUCUCAACAAAGGCAUGCGAUCUACCAGACAUAACAGCUUGGGAAGUAGAGUCAGCAGUCCAGAAAAUGAAGAACGGAAAGGAAGCAGGAAAUGACAACAUCAAAGCAGAAAUGCUUAAAGAGAAAUGUCUCGAGUAUAACAUUCCACUAUGUGUAGCAUUCGUUGAUUAUGAAAAAGCCUUCGACUCAGUAGAAACCCAGUAUAUACUGGCAUCCCUGCAAGAUCUAGGGAUUGAAGAUGGAUACGUAGACGUCCUCAGAGACAUAUACACCGAUAGCUCUGUAACAGUCAAACUACACAAGACCACCAAUAAGAUCAGGAUCAAGAAAGGUGUACGCCAAGGAGAUACAAUCUCUCUUAAACUGUUCACAGCAGCAUUGGAACGUAUAUUCAGGGAGCUAGACUGGCAAGACAAGGGCAUAAACAUAGACGGUACCAGGCUCAAUCACCUUAGGUUUGCAGACGACAUCAUAAUAGUAGCAGAUGAUGCGAAAGAACUAGAAGAAAUGCUACAGGCGUUAGCAGAUGAAAGCGCAAAAAGUGGGCUAAAGAUGAACACCAGCAAGACAAAGGUGAUGUUUGGACCACUAACCACCCCUUGCACAGUGAAAGUCAACACCAAAGAGAUAGACGCAGUGGAAGAGUGGUGCCAGUUUACCACGGCGAUCACAAAAUUCACACAAGUCUUGGUCGUUCUUGUCUACGGUCGGCACAGUGUCUCUCCGUCAAACUAA